GACGUCACUGGUUGAGGAUCUUUUUUUUUUAACCUCUCUGUGGAGGAAGACAAGUUUCCCCUGCAGUCCGGGACGGGACGCUCUGCUCUGCUCCGCCCGUCGGCGUGCGCCGCGCUCCUUCUGCUACAUGCUGGAUAUCCCGAUCAACACUUCUUUCUUGGAUGAUAUGGGGGAUUAUUCCAAAAAGAAGUCUGGAAUCGCGAUGUGUGUGGGCUGUGGAAGUCAGAUACAGGACCAUUACAUCCUGAGAGUGUCCCCGGACAUGGAGUGGCACGCAGCCUGUCUCAAGUGCGCAGAGUGCAGCCAGUACCUGGACGAGACGUGUACCUGCUUCGUCCGAGACGGCAAGACUUACUGUAAAAGAGAUUACGUGAGGUUAUUUGGCAUCAAAUGCGCAAAGUGCAACAUGGGGUUUUGCAGCAGCGACCUGGUGAUGAGAGCCCGGGAUAACGUCUAUCACAUGGAGUGCUUUCGGUGCUCGGUGUGCAGCCGGCAGCUCCUGCCCGGGGACGAGUUCUCUCUGCGAGACGACGAGCUGCUGUGUCGGGCCGACCACGGCUUGUUGGUGGAACGGGCCUCCGCCGGCACCCCGCUGAGCCCGGGGAACAUCACCACCCCCAGACCGCUACACAUGUCAGACCCGGUCUCGGUCCGACACCCUCCUCACCACAGGAAUCACGUGCACAAGCAGUCCGAGAAGACCACCCGGGUCCGGACGGUUCUGAACGAGAAGCAGCUCCACACCCUGCGGACGUGCUAUAACGCCAACGCGCGACCGGACGCCCUGAUGAAGGAGCAGCUGGUGGAGAUGACCGGCCUGAGCCCCAGAGUCAUCCGCGUCUGGUUCCAGAACAAACGCUGCAAAGACAAGAAGAAAUCCAUCCUGAUGAAGCAGCUGCAGCAGCAGCAGCAACACAGCGACAAAACAAACCUGCAGGGUCUGACAGGAACCCCUCUGGUGGCGGGGAGUCCGAUCCGCCACGACACCAGCUUGCAGGUCAAUCCCGUGGAGGUGCAGACCUACCAGGCUCCGUGGAAAACCCUCAGUGACUUCGCCCUGCAGAGCGACCUGGAUCAACCUGCUUUCCAACAGCUGGUGUCCUUCUCUGAAGCUGGAUCUCUGGGUAACUCAUCGGGAAGUGACGUCACCUCUCUGUCGUCACAGUUACCGGACACACCGAACAGUAUGGUCCCCAGUCCAGUCGACACGUGAGACCCUCGGGUCAGCUGGAACCCCGGAGCGCGCACCUUUUUUUUUCCCACGGACGCGCAAAGAGACAUUGAAUGAAGAAACGCGCAUAAAGGACCCGGCUGGAUUAAACUUUGAGGAUACGAGUCGUGAACUGGAGAAUUUCAGCGGGGCCUGACUAUUCUCAUCCUGCAGUUAGAGGUCUCACCGUUUUCCUCAAGGACAAUUCGGCAGCAAACAAACGCUCCAAUCCCUGAGGCAGACGAGAGGAAUGCCGUGGAUUUCAAACAGUCUGUGCAGGACGUCUGAACACACACUGUGUACAUGUGCAUGAUUCAUUAUAAACACUUGUACAUUUACAAAAAAAGAAAAAAAAGAAAAAAGCGCACUGUUUGCGCUUUCAAGAACAUAAAUUAUUAUUAUUUAUUAAUAGGAGGACGGACAUAGCCGAUCUUAUCAAUAAAGUCACAGUUCUAAUCGCUUGUUGCAUGCAAAAUCCAUUUGUUGCGGAAGAAUUUUAAUCCGACCUAUCGGGCAAAAGAAUAAACUAA